AUGAGCUACACGGAGCGCCUGCUCUGCACCAGCAGCCCGUGCCAUCCUGGCAUUUCCCCCGGCACCCCCACUCCCAAAGACCCGCCGCCGACUCCCGCCGCCGACAUGGUGGUAGCGGUGUGCGAGGACGAGGUCGGCGCGCUCGUCGCCACCAACGCACGGGACGCGCCGGCGGUGGUGGCGCGCACGGGAGGCGCCCACACCAGCAGCCCCCACGCCAGGCGCAGCCCGCGACAUCCUGGCGGCAUUGCCCCCGCCACCACCGGCCCCGCCCCCAAGGACCCACCGCCCGACAUGGUGGUAGCGGUGUGCGACGACGACGACGAGGCCGGCGCGCUCGUCUGCGCCACCACCUGCUCGACACGGGACGCGCCGGCGGUGCGGUCCCCGCGCGCCGCGUGGGCGCUGUUUGUGGAGGAGUCCCGGCGGCUGUGGGCGAUCGGCGCGCCCAUCGCCUUCAACAUCAUCUGCCUGUACGGCACCAACUCGACGACGCAGAUCUUCGCGGGCCACAUCGGCAACCGCGAGCUGUCCGCGGUGGCCAUCGGCCUCUCCGUCGUGUCCAACUUCUCCUUCGGCUUCCUCCUCGGGAUGGGCAGCGCGCUGGAGACGCUGUGCGGGCAGGCGUUCGGGGCGGGCCAGGUGGCCAUGCUGGGCGUCUACAUGCAGCGGUCGUGGAUCGUGCUCGCCGCCUCCGCCGCGCUGCUCACGCCGCUGUACGUGUACGCGGCGCCCGUGCUGCGGCUGCUGGGGCAGGACGAAGGCAUCGCCGCCGCCGCGGGGACGUUCACGCGCGGCAUCAUCCCGCAGAUGUUCGCGCUCGCCGUCAACUUCCCCACGCAGAAGUUCCUGCAGGCGCAGAGCAAGGUGGGCGUGCUGGCGUGGAUCGGGCUCGCCGCGCUGCUCGCGCACGUCGCGCUCCUCGCGCUGUUCGUGUCCGUGCUCGGAUGGGGCGUCGCCGGGGCCGCGCUCGCCUACGACGUGUCGUCAUGGCUCACCUCGCUCGCGCAGGUGGCCUACGUCGUGGGAUGGUGCCGGGACGGGUGGACGGGGCUGUCCAGGGCCGCCUUCACCGACCUCUGGGCCUUCGUCAAGCUCUCGCUCGCAUCCGCCGUCAUGCUCUGCCUCGAGAUGUGGUACAUGAUGUUGCUCGUCGUGCUCACCGGACACCUCGACGACGCCGAGAUCGCCGUCGACUCCAUAGCCAUCUGCAUGAACAUCAACGGGUGGGAGGGGAUGCUGUUCAUCGGUCUCAGCGCGGCCAUCAGCGUGCGCGUGUCCAACGAGCUCGGGUCCGGGCGGCCCCGUGCGAGCAUGUACGCGGUGAUGGUGGUGCUGGCGCAGUCGCUGGCGUUCGGGCUGCUGGCCAUGGUGCUCGUGCUUGCGACGCGGGAGCAGUUCCCGGCCAUCUUCACCGGCGAUAGGCACCUGCAGAAGGCCGUGUCCAGCAUCGCCUACCUGCUGGCCGUCACCAUGGUGCUCAACAGCGUCCAGCCCGUCAUCUCGGGCGUCGCCGUGGGCGGCGGCUGGCAGGCCGUCGUCGCCUACAUCAACCUCGGCUGCUACUACGCCUUCGGCCUCCCGCUCGGCUUCAUCUUCGGCUACCUCUUCAGAUUCGGGGUCAAGGGCAUCUGGGCGGGCAUGCUUUGCGGGACAGCGUUGCAGACAGCCAUCCUCAGCUACAUAGUCUGGACGACCGACUGGAAAGCAGAGGCGUCGCUGGCGUUGGAGAGAGUCAGAAUAUGGGGCGGCCACGGCCACCAUGAAAAGCUUCCUAGCUCUGAUUCUGAUCAGGACGACGCGGUUAUCUGA